AGCGUUAGUUUGUUCUUCCGCAUUUAUUAUCUUAGAGCACAAGAGAGUAGCGUAUUUCGAAGUUACUGCGAAUUUUUGUUUUUGCGAAAAGUGGUACAUUACGUUCUUCAGACGUGUACAGUGGCAGCCAUGGAUGACAUGAAUACUAACUGGAUAAAACAAGAGAUAACAGAUGAGGUACCUUCUGAGCCGGACCCUAUGGUUCUUGAAGAUCCAGAGGGGAACUCCUGCCCCAUGGACUUUAUCAAAGAGGAUCCUGAAGCAAAUUUGCAUGUGGAUGAAACUGAGAAUAUUACGUGUACAGUGGCAGCCAUGGAUGACAUGAAUACUAACUGGAUAAAACAAGAGAUAACAGAUGAGGUACCUUCUGAGCCGGACCCUAUGGUUCUUGAAGAUCCAGAGGGGAACUCCUGCCCCAUGGACUUUAUCAAAGAGGAUCCUGAAGCAAAUUUGCAUGUGGAUGAAACUGAGAAUAUUGUGUUAGCCUCAAUGAGAUGUGCUUCUGAUAGUGUAAGGUUGGUUCAUAGUAUGGGUGAGAGCUGUGGCAUUUCAUUAGAAGAAACUGUUCAUGAAGGAGUAAUCCAUGACAAGCUGGAGAGAGGUGCAGAGGACACAGUACCUGUCUACAUAUGUGGUACCCAUACACAAGGAUUGACUUUGCAGGAGGAUAGCUCAUUCAGCACCAGACACAAUUGUAGUUUGAGUGAAAUGGAAUUGCAUGAAUUUAGUUGCAGUUUCUGCUUACAGAUAUUUCCUUCAAAAUACAGGCUUAUAAUGCAUAUCUUCACGCACAUUGAUGGUGUACAGCCACCUAUAUUUGUUUGUAGGUCAUGUGGGGAGGUAUUUUCCAGUAAAUCUAGCUUGAACAAACAUUUGAAAGGGAGUGGAGGAGAUGAAGCCUUAUCUGCUGGCAAUAGAGAGAUAUUUGACAGCUGUGAUGAGCAUGAAAACAUUAUCUUGGAAGAUGGUAAAGCAGUUUCUGUAACAGAACAAGCUGAGAAGCAGUUUUCACACAAAGAAACUUUGAAAAAUUCAAAGAAUUCCAUGAAAGACGAAUGUGACACACACAGUAUAACACAUGUUGCAGAGAGACAAGACAAAAGUGAUAGUUAUGGAACUUUAUGUACAGCAGAUAAUGCCAGUACUGAUGCUGCUGUAGUUACUGUAAAGAGACCCCACAAAUGUGAUAUCUGUGGCAAAUCUUUCUUUGAAUUGCGUUAUCUGAAGACACAUUCGUUGAUUCACACUGGAGAGAGACAGUACAGAUGUGAUAUUUGUGGCAAAUCUUUUAUACAGUCGGGUCAUCUCAGCAGUCAUUCAUUAACACAUUCCGGAAAGAAACCACACAAAUGUGACAUUUGUGACAAAUCUUUUAUUGAGUUGCGCUAUCUCAAGAGGCAUUCUUUGGUUCACACUGGCAAGAGACUAUACAAAUGUGAUAUUUGUGGCAAAUCUUUUACACACAUGCGUAAUCUCAAGAGGCAUGAAUUAAUACACGCAGGAUAUAGGCCUCAUAAAUGUGAUAUUUGUGGCAAAUGUUUUUCUCAGUUGGAAACUCUCAAGAGCCACAUAUUAAUGCACUCUGGAGAGAGACCCCACAAAUGUGACAUUUGUGGUAAAACUUAUACUGAGUUGCGUUGGCUCAAGAGGCAUUCAACGAUCCACUCAGGAAAAAGACCACACAAAUGCAAAAUUUGUGGCAAGUCUUUUACUCAGUUGGGUCAUCUUAGGAGUCAUGUACUAAUACACACUGGAAAGAGACCUCAGGAAUAUGCUACCUAAGGCAAAGAAUUUGCUCUUGCUGGUGCCCCUCAAGGUCCACAUCAUAAUACAUAUUGGAGGAAGGCAUUGACACCUGUGAAAAUCCUUAACAUGUCAGGAUUCUGAAGAUAUAUGCCGAUUCUGAAGAUAUAUGCCGUAAUAUGCAGUAGAAAGAAGUCACAGAGAAUGUGACAGAUCAAUUUGUUUAGCUAGACAUUUCACGAAGUUGCAGUACUAAAAAUGAGAAACCAAUCACCCUAUGUGGAUUCUGUGAUUGAUACUGCUAUGUCCCUAUUGCACUUCAAAAGUUCAUCAUUGUAGAGAAAUUGCUUACCUACAUUAGUAAUUGAAUAUAUCGUGCAGUAUUCAUCACUCCACAUAGUUGAAGGAAAUGUCAGUUAUCAUUCUAAAGAUGGGAUCUCAAGACUCAUAUUAGGCAUAGAGCAGGAAAAAAUAAUAAGUUCAUGGCUUAUCCUUCACUCAGGUAGUUAAUACUUGGGCAUACUUACACAACAGUAAUGCUGUGUAUGUAAUGUUGUCUACAUAUGUGUACUUAUUCUGCUGAUCCUCUGUUAUGAAAUAUCUGGUAAUGGCAAAUAUAUAAUAAUGAGCCAGAACUAGAUCAUGGGAUUAAUAGUGUGUUGGCCCACCCUUGGAACACUUUGCAGCAGUCAUUCUGCAUGGUCUGAUUUCCAGAGCUACAUUAUGCCAGAUGUCUAUACAUAGAUCACUCAGUUCCCAAAUUGUAGGCCAACUGGUUUGUGAGCACAGAACAAAUGCCAAGUUAGCUUCCCAGAUGUGUCCCACUAGGUUUGUAUCAGGUAAAUUGGGUGGCCAAUAUGUCAGUAUGAGUUGUUGGCAUGAUUGGCAUUGUGACAUGAACAAUUAUCCUGGAAGAUGCUAGCAUUGUAGGGUCAGCCAUCAAGCAUGAGGGCUGUAGGUUGCUGCAGUAAUGGUCUUGUAGUCCACAGACAACAUUGUCCUUCAGUUAUCGUUUGUCCCCUAGCAGCCCAAGUGAAUGCCCCCAAUUACAUAAUACUUCAUGCAUUGACUGUGUCUCUGGGGUGGUGCACAUUUUGAGCAGGUAUUCAUCUGCAUGAUGACAUAUUUGGACAGUAUUAUCGACCAGCUGUAACAAGUAAAAUCACUUAUGUGUCCAGGUGACAUUUUCAUUGGGCUGUGAUGCAAUCUCAAUAAUCUUUUGCCCACUGCAGUCAUAAUUGUAAAUGUUGUUGGAUCAAAAUGGGAACAUACUGUGUUCGUAUGCUGUGGCACUCUGUUGUCACAUCGGCUAGUGUCACUGUUUCUGUUGUUUUACAGAGAGGAUAAGCCUCUUACCUUCACAUUCUGCAAAAAGACAUGGAUUUCUUAGUCUUUGUCACCAGUCUGUGGUUUCAGUGCCCUUGAACAACUUUUCAUGGAUGCUCACAAAACUAGCACACAAACAGCCAACCAGUUCUGUCGCUUUUCAGAUGCUCAUUCCCAGGCAGCAGGCCCUAACAAUCUGCCCUUCAUCAGAGGCCGUUGUUGUUGUGGUCUUCAGUCCAAACAUUGGCUUGAUGCAGCUCUCCACACUACUCUAUCCUGUGCAGUCUUCCUCAUCUCUGAAUAACUAUUUCAAUUUACAUCCUUCUGGAUCUGCCUAGUGUAUUCAUCUCUUGCUUCCACUCUAUGAUUUUUACUGCUCCACCUCCCUCAAGUACUAAACUGAUUACCGAGCGAGGUGGCGCAGUGGUUAGCACACUGGACUCUCAUUCGGGAGGACGACGGUUCAAUCCCGUCUCCAGCCAUCCUGAUUUAGGUUUUCCGUGAUUUCCCUAAAUCGCUUCAGGAAAAUGCCGGGAUGGUUCCUUUGAAGGGCACAGCCGAUUUCCUUCCCCAUUCUUCCCUAACCCGAGCUUGCACUCCGUCUCUAAUGACCUUGUUGUCGAUGGGACGUUAAACAACACUAACCAACCAAACCUACUAAACUGAUUAUCCCUGGAUAUCUCUGAAUGUGUCCUAUCACCAAUAUUUUCUUCUAGUCAGUUUGUACCACAAAUUUUAUUUCUGCCCAAUUCUAUUCAUUACCUCCACAUUAGUUACUUUAUCUGGUCAUCUAAUCUUCAAAAUUAUUCUGUAGCACUACAUUUUGAAAGCAUCUGUUUGCUUUUUGUCUAAGCUGUUUCACAUCUGCACAAAAGCUUUUAGAAAAGACUUCCUAAUGCUUAACUCUGUAUCUCAUGUUAACAAAUUUCUCCUCUGCAGGAACACUUUCCUUGCCAUUGCCAGUCUACAUUUUAUGUCCCCACUACUUUGGCCAUCAUCGGUUAUUUUGCUGCCCAAAUAGCAAACCUCCAUCUCCCACUUGUCUCGUUUCCUAAUCUAAUUCCUGGAGCAUCAUCUGAUUUAAUUCAAUUUCAUUCAGUUAUCCUUGUUUUGUCCAGUUCAUUCAGCUGUUCCUCCAAGUCCUUUGCUGUCUCUGACAGGAUUACAAUGUCAAUGGCCAACCUAAAAGCUUUUAUUUCUUUUCCCUGGACUUUAAUUCGAACUCCAAAUUUUCUUUGGUUUCCUUUACUGCUUGCUCUAUGUACAGAUAGAAUAAGAUUAGGGAUAGGCUACAACCAUGUCUCACUCCCUCUCAACAACUACUUCCCUUUUAUGCCUGUUGAUUCAUAUAACUGCCAUGUGGUUUCUGUACAAGUUGUAACCAGCCUUUUGCUCCCUGUAUUUUACUCCUGCUACCUCCAAAAUUUCAGGGAGAGUAUUCCAGUCAACACUGUCAAAACCUUUUUGUCAGUCUACAAAUGCUAUAUACAUAGGUUUGCCUUUCCUUAACCAAUCUUCUAAGCUGAAGUCAUAGGGUCAGUAUUCCCUUGAGGGUUUCUACAUUUCUCUGGAAUCCAAACCGAUCUUUCCCAAGGUCAGCUUAUACCAGUUUUUCCAUUCUUCUGUGAAGAAUUUGUGAUAGUAUUUUGCAACCAUGACCUAUAAAAUUAUAGUUUAGUAACAUUCACACCUGCUGUGUUUGGAAUUGGAUUUAUUACAUUCAUCUAUAAGUAUGAGUGUAUUUCAUAGUCUCAUACAUCUAACUUACCAGAUGGGAGAGUUUUGUCAUAGGCUACCAGUAGUUAUGACAGAAUGUCAUCUACUCCCAUGGCUGUGUUUUGACUUCUGUCUUUCAGUGCUCAAAUUCUUCUUGCAGUAUCAUAUCUCCCAUCUGAUCUUCAUCUAUGCCCUCUUCCAUUUCUAUAAUAUUUCCUUAAAGUUCAUCACAGCAUCCUCCUGCCUUUCAGCUCUCCCUUCUUUGCUUAGUACUGGUUUUCUAUCUGAGCUUUUGAUAUUUAUACAGCUGCUUUUAUUUUCUCCAAAGGCUUCUUGAAUUUUCCUGUAUGUAGUAUCUAUAUUUCCCCUAGUGAUACAUAUGAAUCCUUGUACUGGGUGACACACGGGAAAUGGACGGUGUUGAACUGCGUAGUACUGAGGGCGUGGUGGUGGGAGGUGGUCAUGGUGGGGAUAGUUCUGAUCCACACAAGACGCCAUUUCAUGUACUCAGUCACUAUGGAGCAGUGGGGCUUGCAACGUUGAGUGUUUGUCUAUGACAGUUUCGUGAAAAGUGGUGAGUCUAUUAUUGCUACGCAGCGAUUGUUUCGUGCACAGUUUAAUGUCGGUCAACAUGGAGCUGUUCCGAGCCGUAACACAAUCCUCAGAUGGGUGGAAAACUUGAGAUCAACUGGAAACAUACUGGAUAAGAAGCAUCCUGGCCCGAGCCCAGAGUAACGACACCAGAAAAUGUUGAAAGGGUAAGGCAAGCGGCAGUCAGAAGCUCAGGAUGGUCAGCUAGACGUCAUGCUAGUGAGUUACGAAUCAGUCGUGAAUCGGUUAGACGAAUUUUGUAUAAAAAAUUAAGAUUCCAUCCCCACAAAAUGUUCAUUGUCCAACAACUUAAGGAAACUGAUUUUGCUGUACGAGAAGACUCACUUACAGAAUGAAAGUGAUUUUGGGAUCGAAUGAAAAUGAAAUUUUAUUGAUGAGCGAUGAAGCUCAUUUAAACAGGACCAUGAAUAACCAAAAACUAUGUUACUGGGCUCCAGAGCAUUCACACCUUAUCCACCAUCGUCCUCUACACUCAGAAAAAGUAACAGUCUGGUGUGCUCUUGGCUCUGUUGGCAUUAUUGGACCUUAUUUUUUUUUUUUUAAGAGAAUGGGGUCACAGUUAUUGUUAAUUCAAUUUGUCACAUUCGUAUGCUUGAAACAUUCUUGAAACCAGAACUAAGAUGAUGACGAAUCCCUUUAAAACGCAUUUGGUUCCAGCAGGAUGGGGCAACAUCGCGCUUUGCAAACACUUCAGUGACAGUUGUUAGACACAUGUUUCCUGGACGGAUUGUCUCACAUUUUGGCUAUGCUCCUUGGCCUCCCAGGUCUGCCGACUUGUCAGUAUGUGACUUUUCUGUGGGAGUACCUUAAGAACUGUGUCUAUAACCUAAACCUCGAAAUUUGGACGAGUUGAGGUAUGCAAUCAUUCAAGAAAUUGCUGCCAUCCCUGCAAAGAUUUUAGUCCAUGUGAUGGAGGAUUUUGACAACAUUAUUUUUCACAAAUAACUUUGUGAAAUAAAAUGGCAAAUAAUGACAUUUGAAUUUGUGUAAAUAAACAUGCAUUAAUUUUAAA